CGGGGGGGGGGAGAGAGAGAGAGAGAGAGAGAGAGAGAGAGAGAGGGAGGUGUUGUGUGAAAGGGUGGUGGUGGAUAGAGGGGGAGGCAGUGGAUUUCGAUCGCGAUGGCUGUCGAGAUUUUAACCCGGAUGCUGAGGGAGGGUUUGCCCGCAGACGACGAUGGUGCCUUCACUUUACUUGUGCACGAUACUGUAGAGACGUGCGGCGCUGCCGACCUUCUACUUCACUUGGUGAACCUUCGUUGCUUGGCGAUGGAAGCUGGUCGGCGACCGAAUGGCAAGUGUCUUGUCGUUUUGGCCCUCGACCAGCGCGCAGAAGAUUACGCCACCGGGCUCAUCUCGUCGGCGGCUGCAAUUCCAAGCAAGAAGAUCGAUGACAGGAAACUCGGAUUGAAAAAGAACAUCACGAUCACGACGACGACGAAGGGCGCAAUCCAAGCUUCUUCGCCGCCAUCGCUGCCAUCGCUCUCUUCUUCCUCAUCAUCUUCUUCUUCUUCCUCCUCACUGUCUUCUUCCUCUUCAUCAUUGCGAAUUAUCGACUGUUUCAGCGAUCCAUUCGGCUGGACAAGAACUGUUCCUCCUCCUCCUCCUUCCUCUUCUUCUUCUUCUUCUUUGUUCUCUUCUUCUUCUUCUUCUUCUUCUUCUUCUUUGUUCUCUUCUUCUUCUUCUUCUUCUUCUUCUUCUUCUUUAGGGUUAAGAAAGUCCAAACAAGGUCAGGUCAAAGUCAACGGCAGAGGGGGCAGAGGUAGCUGCGAAGAAAAUAGGUCUGGCGAUGGCGGCGUGCAACAUGGAUGUCGAAAUCAGGCUGUCGAAGUGACACGUGGACGCAUAGAUGAUCUUCAUUCUUUGGCAGUGGCGGUCUUGGAGUUACGGGGGGUAGAUGGUGUCAAAGUGAAGGAGGAGGAGGAGGAAAAGAAGGAGAGGAAGGAGGAGGAGGAGGAGAAUGAGGAGGAAGAGGAGGAGAAGAAGUCUCACUCCCCCUUUCUCUUCGCUCUCCCUCUCCCUUCGAGUUCACGGCGACCUGAUAGCGUAGGGACAUCCCAGAGCAAUCGUCGUCGUUUGACUGUAUUCAUUGAUUCCCUGAGCGCUCUUUUGAGGAGGCAUCCGUUAGAUAAAGUCAUGGAGUUUGUGAACACGCUGAGACGCCACGUGGCAGUGUGUUCGGUGGUAAUGGCGGUACACUCCGAUCUUCACGGACGGCGCGCAGUGGCUGCGCUGGAGUACGUCUCUUCCGCUGUUGCUGCCGUUUUCCCGCCACUGCGCGCCGUUGCAUUGUCUGGCGAUGGCGGCGGGCGAGCUCUCUCAUCUUCAGCUCCUGGGGUGGAUGGUUUCAUCCACAUCAGGCAGAAGAACAGGGCGGGAAAGAUUCAUCAGGAUCUCUUGUCCUUCCAUGUCGUGCAGCGGCCAUCGGCCGCGGGCGGGGAAGAUGGAGUGGUGGGAGAGAAGAAGAGAGAGGCAGACAGUGGUGUUGAUUGGGGUUGGGGGCUGUUAGUCCCCCCAUAUAGGGGUUUAGGGCUUGAGUUUUCGCCGUUAGAUCUCGGGGCGGGUAAAUCUGGGUCGUGGAUUCUCCAGCAGGUAUCUUCGGCUAUGGCUGCCGGCUAUGGCGGCUAUGUCGGCCAGAGCGGAAGUGCGGGAGGUAGAUGGGGAGGGGGAGGGGGAGUUGGCUGUCGUCGUGGUUUACCCCCUGGGGGGGGGGGAAGCAUGCCCUCUCCUCCUCCUCCUCCUCCUUCCCCUCCCGUUCGUACGAGCCUCCUCCCUCCAUCUGCUCUCCCACACGUCUCCUUCAAUCUCAGCCUGUCCGAAUCUGAGAGGAUUGCGCGAUCUAAGGUGGUACUUCCUUACGAGCAUCAAGGGGUUGGUCGGGAAGUGAAGAUUUACGACGGCAGGUCCUCGGCGGCGGCGGUGGCAGGCGGCCACGUGGCAGCAGCUGGUCGGGCAGUGUCGGGAUCGGGAUCGGGAUCGGUCCCGUCUGCCAACAAGACUCCAAGAACGGGUCGGUCUGAUGAUGUUGCCGAUCAAGAUAAUGCCGCGAUCGGGAUCGGGACAAGGGCGGCGGCGGGAUCUGCUCGCCUCGGUGCUGGUGGUGGGGAGCCUGAUGUCCUCGGGGUGACCUCGGAGAGUCUUGGCGGGAAAGGUUUAGACCCGCCGCCGCCGCCGGCGGAAGACCAGCGGUCCUCGCCGUCCUUUGCCGCGUCGCGGGUGGGGAAAACUGGCGGGAAAUCGGAGGAAGAGGGAGCGGGGGCUGAAAGGCCAGAACCUGCACUGAUUCUCUACCUCCGAGACUCUGAUGACGAGGUCCCAGACUCUGAUGAGGAUCCCGACGAUGAUUUGGAUAUCUAGUCGAGUGAUUUGUGGCCGUUCGUUACUCCGUUCACUUUUUUCUUUUUUGCCAUCAGAUCUAAAAAACAAACGGAAAAAAAAUCAAUCGGAUGAGGUUAUAAAUUACAAUCUCUCCACUUGUUCCCCUCACGUCCAACUGCCCCACUCACCGUCUUUCCCUCUCAUCAGCCUUCCCUCUCUGUGUAUGUGUGUGUGUGUGUGUGUGUGUGUGGACUUCUCUCUCUCUCUCUCUCUCUCUCUCUCUCUCUCUCUCUCUCUCUCUCUCUGUGGACUUCUCUUUUGGUAGUUCUCUACUGCCCGCCCGUUUAUGUGUCAAUGAACGAAGAAAACUAGC